AUGUGUUGUGGUUGGAAAAAGAAGAAGACGGCGGAGUGUAGCUGCAGCAAGCUUUGUCUCGACUUCUUCCUGGUCGCAGGGAAGGGAAGUCGGCAACAGGCAGAAAAUGCACUCCCCAUCCUCCGAGCUGUGACUUCCCCAGGAGAAUUCCACCUGCUCGAAUCGAGAGCAGAGGAGGACGAUGCCCGCUCGUUGAAGAACCUCGUGGCACACAUGACUGAAAGAGCUGAAAGCUUGAUUUUCUCAGGAAGUGUCGAGCGCUGGACAACAGAUGAGCUGCGGGAGCUGGAGGCGCUGCGGAAAGCUCAUGUCGACGAAUACGAGGAUGGCAUGAUGUCGCGACUUCGAGAAAGCACGCCAUUCAUGUUCUGCUUGAUUGCUACGUCCGAUAUCGAUGAGCUCCUGCUAUUAGACGAAUAUCUCCAGCAACAUGUUCGCAGUGAUUUUGACGAGAUCAUGAAUGAUGCUGUUUCCCCUGGCGAGUGUCAGAGUUCAGAUGCUAGCAGCAUGAUAGACUUGUCCAACGAAGACGACACUUCGAUGUUGGACGAAGAUGAGGACCGAGCUUCCGCGCAUCGAGAUUCUGGAUGUGAGAGUGAUCAAGACAUGGAUUGCGACCCAUCCGAAAUGGGCGAGCCACCAGAAGGCGAGGACCAGUUUCUUGAAAUGGAGCUUGCUAGCAUGAUGAUUUGCGAUGCCGAGCCUUAG